AUGGCUGCUAAUUCCAACUUCUGCUUUGUUCUAUCGUUGAUGAUGGCAUUGUCCUUUUCAAGCAUUCAUGUAGGCGAGGCGGCUCGGCACCUUUUGCAAACUUCCCAACCAACAAUUCCUGCCAUACCUUCAAUACCAUCAUUGCCUUCCAUUCCAAAUUUGCCUACAGGGGCAUUGCCAAACUUGCCAAGCAAUCAGCUGCCACCUCUGCCCACCAUGCCUGCAGUUCCUAAGGUGACCAUGCCACCGUUGCCUUUUGGUUCAUUGCCAAACAUGCCAACUAUUCCCAAUAUCCCUAUCUCCAUUCCUUCAAUCCCUUUCUUCUCACCACCUCCAUCAAACUAG